UAGCUAGAAUGUGCAACGCUGAAAGUGAAAUAAAAACUUCCCAGUGGGCUGGGCUGUAAUCAGUUCCUUAGAGUCAGUUUUGGUUUGAAUUGUCCUCAUGUUAAGAGAAAGCCUGAGCUGGAUGGGGAUGAUAUCUUUUCUCCUCUUGCUUAAUGUACCUUAUCUCCAUAUUUUUCUGUCAGCCGUCAUCGUAUGUCCCUCUGCCAGCUAGAAAGAACCCAGUGGUCUCGGCAGCAACCUAGGUUUUAUUUUCAUUUUGGCUGUUUGUUUUGUUGGCUUCUGUGAGGACUGACAAAGAGCUACUGUUUGUUGUUUUAUUUUCUUUUGAGUCUUUGCCUGAGGAGCCUCACCAAGGCCUGAUGGGAGCAUCAAGUGGGCUGUGAUUGUCUCGUUUUGUGAGUUGGUGUUGCGGACCAUGAUGAGGCUGCCACAGUUGGAUCCGGUACAGAGCAUGUUCCUCCUACUAAUUUUGAGCCUGGGACUGCAGCUUCAACAGACAGUAGCUUUGUUCACAGUGACCGUCCCAAAGGAAAUGUACAUGGUAGACUACGGCAGCAAUGUGACCUUGGAGUGCGAUUUUGACACUGGAGGUCAUGUGGAACUCGGAAUUUUAAAAGCCAGUUUGCAAAAAGUGGAAAAUGAUACAGUCUUGCCCAGUGAAAGAGCCACUUUGCUGGAGGAGCAGCUGCCCCUGGGGAAGGCCUUGUUCCUCAUCCCCCGAAUCCAGCUGAAGGAUGCAGGGCAGUACCGCUGCCUGAUCAUCUAUGGGAUUGCCUGGGACUACAAGUACCUGACGCUGAAAGUCAAAGCUUCCUACAAGAAAAUAAACACUCGCUACCUCAAGGUCCCAGGGACAGAUGAGGUAGAGCUCACCUGCCAAGCUGAAGGCUAUCCCCUGGCAGAAGUGUCUUGGCCAAACAUCAGUAUUCCUACCAACACCAGCCACACCAAGACCUCUGAAGGCCUCUACCAUGUUACCAGUGUUCUGCGCCUAAAGCCACACCCCGGCAGGAAUUUCAGCUGUGUGUUCUGGAAUGCCAAUGUAAAGGAACUCACUUCAGCCACCAUUGUCCAAGGUCCUAUGGAAGACCCCAAGAUCCCUCCAUCUUCACUGCUUCAUGUUUUCAUUCUCUCCCUCAUCGUUGCUCUCAUGUUCAUAGCCACAAUGGUAGCCCUAAGAAAACGACUCUGCCAGAAGUUGUAUUCUGGAGAAGAUUCAACAAAAAGAUCUGCCACCAUGGUAAGGAGAGAAGUGGACAGAGCUAUUUGAACCUGUGGUCUCAGGAGCUGGGGUGACCUGAUAGGACAUCCUCAAGAAACUUCUAGACUCUAAACAAGAAUCCCCUGGCCUGCAGAGCUUGUUGUUUGUACUUUUCAAUUGUCUUUGUAUAAACCAGCACUUUAUUCUGGAGACUACAGCACGACGAGGCAGCACCCAUCACCGUGUAACGGAAAGUCAGGCGACUGCCCCUCCACUCAUCUGGGCUUUCUCCCCCACAGCCCGUGGCUCCACGCAAACACUACUGCACUUUAGAAAACAACCACAGUGGAUCCUGGACCCCACUGAGGGUCCUCUGGCUCUUUUUUCUUCCAGACUGGAAA